AUGAGCUUUGUCACUGACAAUGGGCUCUACUGUUACUGGGUCAUGCACUUCGGCCUGAAGAACGCUGGUGCAACAUACCAGAGGCUGGUUAACCAGAUGUUUGCCCGACAGAUCGGUCGAACCAUGGAGGUCUACGUCGAUGACAUGCUCGUAAAGAGCGUCAAAGCAUCCGACCACAUCGCGGACCUCGGAAAGACCUUCUCGAUCCUGCGAGAGUAUCAAAUAAAGCUGAACCCAACCAAGUGUGCCUUUGGUGUGGGAUCGAGUAAAUUUCUCAGUUUCCAAGUUAGUCAAAGGGAUAUUGAGGCAAAUCCUGACAAGAUUAGAGCUCUGCUCGACAUGAGCUCGCCCCAGACAAUGGAGGAGAUCCAAUGCUUCACUGGAAGAGUCGCCGCACUCGGUCGCUUUAUAUCCAGAGCCAUCGACAAGUGUCUCCCCUUCUUCCAACAACUGAAGGGUCACAAGAAGCAAGGUUAUGGUUCCAGCCAAUACCAGAUAUCUAAGUAUGGAGAAACUGGCCUUCAGUCUGGUCAUCUCUACUCAGAGGUUGCGCUCAUACUUCCAAGCACAUUCCAUUAUCGUCCUCACAGAUUCACCUUUCCGAUAGGUGCUGCAGAAGCCAGAACUAAAUUCACUGCUUCUAGUCGUGGGAUCGGAGACACCAAUCCAGAGGCAUCAUCAAAUUUGGAAGCAGCAUUAGUCAUUCCUCCAGCACCUCCUCUCCUCAAGAGCAUCGAGGCAGAGGCAGCGAGGAGGAGAGGGAUCGUUCUAGUCGCGCCCGACGCGACCAUCAUUUUGUACGCGAUCAGGCUCAGUUUCAAGGCAUCUAACAAUGUGGUAGAGUAUGAAGCCCUAUUGGCCAUACUCAGACUAGCAGCUAAUCUGGGAGUCCGGCUCCUUAAUGUGCGGUGCGAUUCCCAGCUUGUUGUGAAUCAAGUAUCUGUCGAGUACGAGGCCAAGGAAGCAAGGAUAAUAGCUUACUUGGUCAAAGUUCGAAAGUUGUCAGAGAAAUUCAGGGACUGCGUCAUCAGUCAAAUACCGAGGGUUAAAAACUCUUUAGUCGAUGCCCUCGCAAAGCUUGCCUCAACAACCGAGGGGCAAAUCUCGAGGAUCGUUCUAGUAGAGAUUCUUGAUAAUCCGAGUAUAAAUCGAGCCGAUCAAGAAAUGGUCAAUCCAGUGCAAGUGCCUACGACUUGGAUGGAUCCCAUCGUCAGAUACCUCACCACCGGCGAGGUCCCAGAAGAUGGGCUGGAGGCUCAGCGUCUGAAAGUCAGGGCAACGCGUUAUGUGAUCCUGAAUGACACAUUGUACAAAAAAGGAUACUCCCAGCCAUACUUAAGAUGCCUUCGUCUGGACGAAGCGAAGUACGUGAUCCGAGAAGUCCACGAAGGAAUCUGCGAAAAUCAUUCCGGUGGCUGUGCCUUGGCUCAGAAAGUACUUCACCAAGCGUACCUCUGGCCAACGAUUCGAGAGGAUUUCAAGAGCUUUGUUCAGAGAUGCGACAAAUGUCAAAGAUUCGAUGCCAUCCCGAGGUAA